CCUUUCAAGCUCUGAUUGAUGAGAGCGCUUGGAGAGGAGUAGCCAUCGUCAUUCCAUUUCCUGCCGCUCGUGUUGUGUCAAUGUGGUGACGCAGUUUCUUUGUGUCUGUGUCCAUGCUUUGAGUUAGUGAGUCUUGAGGUGCGUUGCCGUGCCUUUCUUGGAUCGCUUGCCUUCUACCGCAGCUCGUGCUGCUGCAGGGAAGAUGGCUCAGACUCACAAUGACAACACGCUUGUUGAUGGCGACAAGGGGAACAACAUGGAGGCGCUUCAGGCGCUCAACAACGAGACUGUGGACCUGGAACACAUUCCGGUUGAGGAGGUAUUUGAGCAAUUGAGGUGUACAAGACAGGGUUUGACCGAUGCGGAGGGGGAACAGCGAAUUAAGAUCUGUGGCCCUAACAAGCUCGAAGAGAAAUCGGAAAGUAAAAUUCUCAAAUUCUUGGGGUUUAUGUGGAACCCUUUAUCGUGGGUUAUGGAGGCUGCUGCUAUCAUGGCCAUCGCUCUUGCGAACGGAGGGGGACGGCCACCUGAUUGGCAAGAUUUUGUGGGAAUCAUUGUGUUGUUGAUCAUCAAUUCGACCAUUAGUUUUAUUGAAGAGAAUAACGCUGGCCAGGCAGCUGCUUCUCUCAUGGCACGACUCGCUCCUCAAACGAAGGUGUUGCGUGAUGGCGCCUGGGCUGAACGUGAUGCAGCUAUUUUGGUUCCUGGUGAUAUCAUCAGUAUCAAGCUAGGUGAUAUCGUCCCUGCAGAUGCACGACUCCUUGAAGGUGACCCGUUGAAAAUCGACCAGUCAGCUUUGACGGGAGAGUCACUCCCUGCUACCAAGAAGCCCGGAGAUGAAGUAUUUUCAGGAUCCACCUGCAAACAAGGAGAGAUUGAGGCCGUUGUUAUUGCUACUGGUGUCCAUACUUUCUUUGGCAAGGCUGCGCAUUUGGUAGACUCCACCAACAACGUGGGCCAUUUCCAGAAGGUGUUGACUUCUAUUGGAAACUUCUGCAUCGUGUCCAUUGCGAUUGGAAUCGUUAUUGAGAUCAUUGUGAUGUGGCCUAUCCAGAAGCGUGGCUACAGAGAUGGUAUUGAUAACCUUUUGGUGUUGCUCAUUGGAGGCAUUCCAAUUGCGAUGCCUACCGUGCUUUCAGUGACAAUGGCUAUUGGUUCUCACCGUCUUUCACAACAGGGUGCCAUCACGAAACGUAUGACUGCUAUCGAAGAGAUGGCAGGUAUGGAUGUGUUGUGCAGUGACAAGACGGGAACCCUAACCCUCAACAAAUUGACUGUUGACAAGAACCUUGUAGAGACAUUUAUGAAAGGUGUUGACAAGGAUAUGGUGUGCUUAAUGGCUGCUCGAGCUUCCAGGAUAGAGAAUCAAGACGCCAUUGAUACAUGCAUCGUUGGAGUGUUAGCUGAUCCGAAAGAGGCACGUGCUGGUAUUCAAGAAGUACACUUCCUUCCUUUCAAUCCUGUUGACAAGCGUACCGCUAUUACAUACAUUGAUAGUGUCGAUGGCAAGUGGUAUCGAUCUAGCAAGGGAGCUCCCGAGCAGAUUCUGGAACUGGCUCACAACAAAACCGAGAUUGCUGCACGAGUGCACUCGAUUAUAGACAAGUUUGCUGAACGGGGGUUGCGUUCGUUGGCUGUAGCUAGACAGGAAGUUCCUGAACGCUCCAAGGAUGGCGCCGGUGGCCCCUGGGAGUUCCUUGGUUUGUUGCCUCUUUUUGACCCACCCCGACAUGAUAGUGCUGAGACCAUUCGUCGGGCCCUUAACUUGGGAGUUAGUGUGAAGAUGAUUACAGGUGAUCAGCUGGCUAUUGGAAAGGAGACAGGCCGAAGGCUGGGCAUGGGGACCAACAUGUAUCCAUCGUCCUCUCUACUAGGAGCACACAAGGAUGAAGCGAUUGCCGCUUUACCUGUGGACGAGUUGAUUGAGAAGGCGGAUGGAUUUGCAGGGGUGUUUCCAGAGCACAAGUAUGAAAUCGUCAAGAAGUUGCAGGAUAAAAAGCACAUUGUUGGUAUGACCGGCGAUGGUGUGAAUGAUGCUCCUGCUUUGAAGAAGGCCGACAUUGGUAUUGCUGUUGCAGAUGCUACUGAUGCUGCUCGCAGUGCUUCUGAUAUCGUGCUAACAGAACCUGGGCUCAGUGUCAUUAUUAGUGCUGUGUUGACCAGUCGAGCCAUUUUCCAGCGUAUGAAGAACUACACGAUCUAUGCUGUUUCCAUCACCAUUCGUAUAGUGCUUGGGUUUAUGCUUUUGGCCUUAAUCUGGCAGUUUGACUUUUCACCAUUCAUGGUCCUUGUUAUUGCUAUUCUUAAUGACGGUACUAUUAUGACCAUCGCCAAGGAUCGCGUUAAGCCAUCUCCUCUGCCAGACAGCUGGAAGUUGCGAGAAAUUUUCUCCAUCGGUGUCGUACUCGGCACCUACAUGGCCCUGAUGACGGUUCUGUUCUUCUGGAUCAUGCACGAGACUACAUUUUUCCCGGACCGCUUUGGGGUUAGAAACAUUGGCAAUAGCCACGGCGAGAUGACUGCGGCCAUCUAUCUGCAAGUCAGCAUUAUUAGUCAAGCUCUUAUUUUUGUCACUCGUUCCCAGAGCUGGUCAUUCGUUGAGAGACCAGGAGCCCUCCUGAUGUUCGCAUUUCUGUCUGCUCAGCUGAUUGCGACGUUCAUUGCAGUGUAUGCUAAUUGGGGAUUUGCUCACAUUCAAGGUUGUGGGUGGGGCUGGGCCGGAAUCGUCUGGCUAUUCAGCAUCGUCACUUACAUUCCUCUGGAUAUUUUGAAGUUUACUGUUCGAUACAUUCAAAGUGGAAAGGCUUGGAAUAAUUUGAUUAACCGCAAGACUGCUUUCACAACCCAGAAGGACUUCGGAAAAGAGGCACGUGAAGCCCAAUGGGCUCAUGCUCAGCGGACAUUGCAUGGACUGCAUCCUCCCCAAUCUAAGGAUGAUGCCGCUGCCACCACUAGCGGUAACAAAGAACUUGGAUUCAUGGCAGAGCAGGCUAAGAGGAGGGCUGAAAUUGCAAGGCUGCGUGAGUUAAACACUUUGAAGGGACAUGUAGAAUCGGUGGUUCGUCUGAAGAAUCUCGACGUCGAUAUGAUUCAACAGUCGUACACUGUGUAGAGGGGCAUGUCAUCUCUAUUCGUAGUCUCUAGUCUGGCUGAUAAAUGGCAUUUCUUUUAGAAAUCUUGAUGGUCGUUGCAAGAAAUUAUGGGUUGAUGUCACAGUGAAGAUAGCAGUCUUAUAGAGUAGGUAUAUCAAAUAUCUGCAUCGUGAUUAGAUGCUGGUUUAGAAUCAUAGCAGAAACGAGGCACCACAAUAUUGUCAGCAAUUGUUUUGCUAGUGCCUCGAUUUUGAAACAAUCCCACUAGCACAUUCUGACCAGGAAUAGUGAGUAAUCAUUUCUGUUUCGUUGGGGCUCCGCAGUCGCAAUGAUGCCCAUUCGCAGAUUGGUGAUAGGCGUCUCUGCUGUCAGCAGUUUUUCACAAACUAUUGAUGAGGUUGGAAUUUAAAUCUGCUCCAAUUGGCAGAAUUUUGGUUCCUCAUUUUGUCGUUAGUUAUAUUUUUUAUGAUUUAAUUUCAACCUUGUUGA